UAAUUUUUUGUAGGAAUAACCAUUACAUAACUAUUAGGUUAUAGAUAAGAACUGGAAUUACACAACGAAAAACUGUAGUGUCUGUUUUGUACUGUAUAUAAUAUAAAUAACUUUAUAUUAUAUGUAUAUAGAGAUAACCUUAUCUCUGAGGUCUGUAUUUGAGGCUGUUGCUUUUAUAAUUGCGUGAAAUCUGAGUUUCAAUUUAAUUCGUCUCAAUACACGUUAAUUAUUUAUAUAUUGUGUGCCUUCAUAAAUCCCUCAUAAUUAUUUUAAAAUGCCUAUACCAAUAAAGAUUGGAAUUAUAGCAGGCUCUGGUAUGGAUAACCCCGAUAUUAUAAAAAACAGAAAGGAAUUAAAAGUAUCCACUCCAUUUGGGGACCCAUCCGAUGUGUUAAUUUUAGGGGAAAUCGACAAUGUAGAAUGUGUUUUACUAGCACGUCAUGGUCGUCCACAUACCAUAAUGCCAAGCAAUAUUAAUUACAGAGCCAAUAUUUGGGCUUUAAAGGAGCAAGGUUGUACACAUAUACUUGCCAGUACUGCAACUGGUUCACUACAGGAGCAUAUUAAACCAGGAGACGUUGUGAUUGUGGAUAAUUUUAUUGAUAGAACAUAUGCUCGUAAACAAACAUUUUUUGAUGGAGAAUCGGGUCAUCCUAAAGGAAUAUGUCACAUUCCUUUAGAACCUGUUUACUGCCAAAUGACUAGGCAGAUGAUUAUAGAUGUUGCCGAAGAAUUGAAAAUUGAAGUACAUAAAAAAGGUACAGUUGUAACGAUUGAGGGUCCUAGGUUUUCAAGUAAAGCUGAAAGUAACAUGUAUCGGUUAUGGGGAUGUGAUCUUGUCAAUAUGACCACAGUUCCUGAAGUGGUUUUAGCAAAAGAGGCUGGGAUACUGUAUACUUCUAUUGCAUUAGCUACUGACUAUGAUUGCUGGAGAGACACUGGUGAUAAGGUUUGUGUCCCUGAUGUUUUGAGAAUAUUUAAAGAAAACAUUUCUAAAGUAUCAACACUCAUAGCAACUACUGUUUCUAAAAUUGCUAGUCAAAACUGGGAAGCAUCAAUUAAAGAAUUAAAGGCUAUGGCUGAAGAAAGUGUAUUGUUGCCAAAUUAUAAAUUCUCUCAAACAUCAAUUUAAGCAAAUGAAAGUGUUUGUUUUUUGUUUACUAAUGUAUUUUUUUCUAAAUUGAUAUUGUUUAUAAUAAAUUUUUACCUCCCAAAAAUUAAGAAACUGAUGAGUGGAAAAGCUUGUAUUUGUCCAUUAGUACUACUUAAACAAAUGGACACUCUGCUAUAUCCAAUGUAUAAUAUAUAAACAAGGGUAAUAGUAAAAUUUACAUUAAAUACGGA